AUGGGUCAAACAUUUAGUUUUACUAAUAUAUUCGGUAAACUAUUCUAUACUCAAAAGGAAAUCCGUAUUUUGAUCUUAGGUCUAGAUGGUGCUGGUAAGACCACUAUCUUGUAUCGUCUUCAAAUGGGAGAAGUUGUUACAACCAAGCCAACUAUUGGAUUCAAUGUCGAAACUUUAAAGUAUAAAAAUUUAACAUUAAAUAUAUGGGAUCUUGGAGGCCAAACAUCAAUCAGACCUUAUUGGAGAUGUUAUUAUUCUAAUACAGCAGCUGUUAUAUUCGUGGUGGAUUCAACGGAUAAAGAUAGAAUUGAUAUUGCUAGCAAAGAAUUACAUUUAAUGUUAAAAGAAGAAGAAUUAUUAGAUAGUGCAUUAUUGGUAUUUGCUAAUAAACAAGAUCAACCUGGUGCUUUAACAGCAGCUGAAGUAUCUCAAGCUUUGAAUUUAACAGAAUUAAAAGAUAGAAGUUGGAGUAUAGUUGCAUCAAGUGCUAUUAAAGGUGAAGGUUUAACUGAAGGGUUAGAUUGGUUAAUGGACGUUAUAAAAGAUGAGCAAUUAUAA